AAAAAGCAGAGAGCUUUCUGUUUGUUUCCUGAGAAAAAAAAAAACACUACUAUUUUGCCCCCUUGAUACAACAGCGGAAGUGUCAUUUCCAGUUUCCAAUCUCUCUCUCUCUCUUCUGGGUUUUGUCUGAGAGAGAGAAAGUAUGAGACUUUCCUCAAAUUCGAGAUGAACACACUCUUAAUCUCCCUUUCUAAACCUAGAUCCGAAACAGUUUCUUAAACUUCAUUAACAAUGGAUAAAAAGCUAAUCACUUUUCAAUUUUCAUAAUCUCCUUCCAUUACAGCAGCCCAUCUGGUAGGCUUAGCUUCUACACAUCUCGUGCUUUUGUUCUGUUCUUUGGGUUUUUUUUUGUUUGGUGCCAUGAACAUGGAGGGAGAAGCUGAUGAGCGAAAGCACUUUUCUUGGGUCUGCUCUCUAAGGCCGCCAUUACUGCUCAUCUUUGUAACCUUGAUUCCUUCAACAGCGUUCUUCUUCUUCCUAAGCUCUCAUGGCUUAACCUCUUCUGUCCUGAUAACAAUCACUGUCCUGUUCAUCUCAAGCUCUGUUGUGUUUCGUAAGUUGUGGAAGGACAAGACAAGGGCCGCCUGUUCGGCUGAGGAAUCUGCCCAUGAAGAGAAUCACAAGCACCAAGUCCGAUGUUAUGUGUCCGAAACGACGGAUCCACCAUCCGACACAGAGUCAAGCAGUGAGGAUUUGGAGAUCGACUGGGUGAGUUCUAAUGGGUUGGUUUGGGAUGUAACAUCAUGCUUUGAUGAUGAUGGCGAUGAUGAUGGUCUGAUUGAGAUCGCUCUUACGAACGAUGAUGGGUCGAAUAGAUUACCAAGCGAUGAUCCAAAGGGUAACAAGGAGCUUAAUCUGCAGAAACUUUGGGAUGAAGACGGAGAAGAGGAGGAGAUUAUUAACGACGAAGAAGAAAACCUCAUAGAGAUUGAUAUCUCCAUUGGGUCCAUCAAGAAACCAACCAACGGCUGAGAUUUGAAACCGUAUGCUCAAAUUAUUUUUCAUUUGAAUUGUACAAAACGCUGCCGUUUUUUCGUUCUUGAAUCUCCAUUGGAGUUCUUCCUUCGUUGUAUGUUAUUAGCUAGGGUUUAAGUUUUUUUUUUUUUGAUAAUAAUACCGCAGUAUCUCCA